UUUCCCAAGCAAAGUCAAAGCAAUGAAGGGAGAUCUAAAGUGCAUCAGUGGAUUGUACGUUGGAUUGGUUCUAACGCUCUAUGCUUGUACUGUCAUUGUACAACUCGAUGCAGCGUCGGAAACCAAGACAUGUUUCCAAAAGAAGAGCCCAUGCUUUCUUAAGAAGCAGACUUGCCCAAAUCAGUGCCCUUCGUUUUCCCCCCCCAACGGUAGCUCCAAGUCAUGCGUCGUGGAUUGCUCUAACCCUAUAUGCAAAGCUACUUGUCGAAAUAGAAAGCCUAAUUGCAACGGUAAAGGGUCAGCAUGCUUAGACCCACGUUUUAUAGGCGGCGAUGGCAUCGUCUUCUAUUUUCACGGUAAACGCGAUGAGCAUUUUGCUCUCAUCUCUGACGUUGACCUCCAAGUGAAUGCACGUUUCAUUGGUCUCAGACCUUCUGGUCGGAACAGAGACUUCACGUGGAUACAAUCUUUGGGGCUGAUCUUUGGCCCCAACAAAAAAACUUUCUCACUCGAAGCCACAAAAGCCGCAAAAUGGGACCAGCAAGUGGACCAUCUCCAUCUUUCAUUCGAGGGAACAGAGAUCUCUUUACCAAAACGUGAUUCAUCGGCGUGGAGUGCUCCUGGAGGAUAUAUUCAGGUCGAGAGAACUUCAGACAUAAACUCCGUGCUAGUCACUAUACCAGACAUUGCCGAGAUUUGGGUCAACGUGGUUCCGGUGACAAAGGAAGAUAACAUGAUACAUAAAUACGGAAGACCUGAAAAUGACUGUUUUGCCCACCUGGAAGUUCAGUUCCGAUUCUUCAGGUUAUCCCCAAACGUGGAAGGUGUUUUAGGAAGAACAUACAGAGAGGAUUUCAAGAAUCCGGCAAAACCAGGCGUGGCUAUGCCGGUCGUUGGUGGGGAAGAUAGAUACAGAACAGUGUCCCUUCUUGAAACAGGUUGUAAUGCUUGUGUUUACUCAGGCGGCUCUGGAAGUUUAGACAAGAUAGAGCCGUUGCUACUGAAUCAAAACACCAUUGAUUGCACAGGCGGAUCAAGCAGUGGUGUUGGAAUCUUCUGCAAAAAAUAAAUACAAACGGCAUGUUGGUGGAUGGUGGUGUUUAUAGUAGUAGUAGUUUAAGAAUGAAGUUGGGUGUUUGAAUAAUAUUUGUUAAUCUUACCACUGUGUUUUGUCAACACUACGUGACAUUGGAUUAGUUUUUAAAUCACUUUGAAUACUUAUUUUAUGUUCACUAUUGUUGUUUCUACUUUUAUGAAAUUUUCUUGUUUAUUUUAAUGAUCAA